UUACUGCACUCCCAAUACACAGCCAAGCAAAAAGUAACAAUACAAAUAAAACAGCGAUAAUAAAGCUCUUAUUUAUUGCUGCAGUAAAGUAUUUGCUAUAGAUAUUGGCUAGCUAAUCAGAAAACACACCAGUUGCUCUCCGACUGUGAUUAUCUUAACAUUCAACAAUGGCUUGCUUUCAAAUGGGAUCCUGUCACGCGGUGCCGAUGACUUUGUUUAAAAAUAAUAGAAACAAAGUCUGUAAGGCCAUUCUAGAUAAUUCUCAGGAGAGCCUCAAGCUUAGCUCCGGUCAAUUAAUAAUUUUACUCGAGGGUGGUAAAGAUCAGAGUCUAUACAACACCGAUGUGGACUAUGUCUUCCGGCAGGAGUCCUACUUCCAGUACAUGUUUGGCGCUAAGGAACCAGGCUGCUAUGGUAUAGUUAGCAUCGAUGUUAAGACAGCUCAAGCCACGUCGGUUCUGUUUGUCCCACGUUUGCCCGAGGAGUACGAGACCUGGAUGGGUGCGCUGCUCAAGCCCGAGGAAUUCAAGGCCAUGUACGAAGUGGAUGAGGUAUAUUAUGUCGAUGAGCUCGAAGCUUAUCUGGAAAAGACCACACCCAAGCUGAUAUUAACGCUCAGUGGCACUAACAGCGAUAGUGGCCUCACGAUGCAGCCGCCAGAGUUUGCGGGCAAAGAUAAAUACGUGACGAACUGUGACCUGCUCUAUCCCAUAAUCUCGGAGUGUCGUGUUAUCAAGUCGAAGGAAGAGAUCGAAGUUCUGCGCUAUGUGGCCAAGGUCUCCUCAGAUGCACACAUCAAAGUGAUGCAAUUCAUUCGUCCUGGUCGAAUGGAAUACGAGGGUGAAUCUCUGUUCUUGCAUCAUGCCUAUGCGGUGGGCGGCUGCCGCCAUGCUUCGUACACCUGCAUCUGCGGGAGUGGCAUCAAUUCAGCCAUAUUGCACUAUGGACACGCCGGUGCACCCAAUAAUCGUCCCAUUCAGGACGGCGAAAUGUGCCUCUUCGACAUGGGAGCUAACUACUGUGGCUAUGCUGCGGAUAUCACGUGCAGCUUUCCAGCAAACGGUAAAUUUACAGAGGAUCAGAAAUUUAUCUAUAAUGCAGUGCUAGCCGCACGCAACGCUGUGAUGGAGACAGCACGGGACGGCGUCUCAUGGGUGGACAUGCACAAGCUAGCGGGCAAGGUGCUGCUGGAACAACUUAAGGCCGGUGGCAUGCUUACUGGCGAUGUGGAUGAAAUGCUUGAGGCCGGUGUAUCGGGUGUAUUCCAGCCGCACGGUUUGGGCCACCUGAUUGGCUUGGAUGUGCACGACGUGGGUGGCUAUCUACCCACUGAGCCAAGACGUCCUAGCGAGGCCUGGCUGAGCAAGCUACGCUUUGCCCGCAUCCUUAAGGCGGGCAUGUACGUUACCAUUGAGCCCGGCUGUUAUUUCAUCAAGCAACUUAUGGAUAAAGCACUUGCUGAUCCGCAGAUUCGUAAAUACAUCAAUGUGGAAGUAUUCGAACGUUUCCGCAACUUUGGCGGGGUGCGCAUCGAGGAUGACGUCCUGAUCACCAAGACGGGCACCGAGAACUUUGCGAUUGUGCCACGCACUGUGGAGGAAAUCGAGGCGACAAUGGCAUCCAAAUAAUUUUUUUUUAAUAUUGU